ACUCGGAAAUUACUGGUUUUACAUGAAUCUUACUUAUUCAGCAAGCUAGAUAAGAAUUAAACCUGGAAUAUCAAAAUCAUGGACAUGCUUAAACUUACCAAUCAGUCUGAGACAGUCGUGAAUAUCUCAAACAUGGCGGUUAAAUAUCCACUUCUUCCAUUGUUACUGGUCGUUAAGGUGUAUGCCACUUAUUGGGUUGAGUAUGUUCAGGAGCACAAUGAUAUACGAUCAAAUGUCAGUCCACUGGCAGCAAACAUGAAGAAAUUAAUGUACUCUCAGGAACUUGAAUCGAUUGCACAACAGCAUGCAAACAGGUGCUCAUUUCUGCACAAUGAUAACCGAUCAAGAGAAUCGCGCACAUUCAGCAGGGUUGGUGAAAAUAUAUUCACCGGAACAAAGGGGUCAAACAUUUCUAAUGCCAUUCAAUACUGGAGCCAACAAGGAGACUCUUACAACUUCCAGACAAAUGAAUGUCAACUCUUCUUUUUCUGUGAAUAUUACACACAGGUCACUUGGGCAGAUUCAGAAUAUGUCGGAUGUGGAAAGGCUGACUGUGGGACAAACACGUUUGUAGUGUGUAAUUAUGGACCAAGUAGUGAUUUGGAUGGCAGGCCGUAUAUCCCGGCGGCCAGCUGUAGUGCCUGUCCAUUCGGAUAUAUUUGCGAAAACAAACUCUGCAGAAGAUUUUUUAAUGUUUAACUUUUUAAGUUUAAGUAUUUUUGUGUUGAUGGAAAAAUGUAAAUUAUAUUUUCUUCACUCAAACAAACGUAAAUCAUAAUAUAGUAGAUUCCUAUCCUCAAAGCAUUUUUACAUGUGAAAAUUCAACUCUGGGCAUAUUUUUUCCAAUAAAAUGUCUAUUUAUGCUGA